AGAAACAUUAUUGUCAUUUUAAUAAGUGAAAAAAACGUGUGGAGUGGAAUCGUGUGAUUAGGCAUAUCCGGAGCUGGGCUGUGGGCAUUGGUCUUGUCGUUUUAAGUAACACAGUUCCGGUAAGUGAAAACGUGGAUCAUGUGAUUAGGCAUUUCGUAUCCUCAUCAUUAGGCAUUUUCAGAAGAAUUGGUUGUAAAAAAAAAUUGAAAUUGAAUUGAAUUGAGAGAAUCUGCCAUCUUCUUACCCAUCUGCUGCUGCCUUUUUCAUCUGAGUAUUGAAAAUGGAAACUCCGGCGAAGAGAGUGUUGAUGACAUCCAACGGCGACGAGGUUUCCAGAAACAUCUCUUUCCAUCUAGCCAAACACGGUUGCAAGUUGGUUAUGUUGGGAAACGUGGCUUCUCUAAGGAGCAUUGUAGACAAGAUUAAAGAUUCCAUUCGAGGAUCAUUCCCUGUCGAGCUGAUUGGACUCGACAUGGAAUCUGAUUCUGAACAAGUUUUCGAUGCCGCUGUCCAAAAGGCAUGGGCUUGCUCCGGGAAUUUCGAUGCUUUUGUCAACUCUUAUACCUACCAAGGGAAGAUACAAGACAUUCUUCAAGUGUCUCAAGAUGAGUUCAAGAAAACCACAAAGAUCAAUCUCACCGCGUCUUGGUUUCUACUGAAGGCUGUAGCCUCAAGGAUGAAAGACCAUGGUUCUGGAGGCUCUAUUGUUUUCAUGGCCACUAUCGCUAGCGGACAGAGAGGUCUUUACCCUGGAGCUGAUGCCUACACUACUACCUCUGCUGCUAUUCAUCAACUCGUUCGGGCGUCAGCCAUUAGUCUAGGGAAGCACAAGAUACGGGUCAACAUGAUCUCUAGAGGGCUGCAUCUGGACGAUGAAUAUCCAGCUUCUGUUGGAAGAGAUCGAGCGAUCAAGAUGGUCAAGGAUGCUGCACCGCUAGGCCAGUGGCUUAACCCCAGUACGGACCUCUACUCCACUGUUAUCUACUUGAUCAGUGACGGCUCACGCUUCAUCACUGGCACCACUGUUUUGGUCGAUGGAGCACAGUCUCUUACGCGACCCCGUCUCAAAUCCUAUAUGUGAUCUCAUUUUGAUCAGUAUCUAAUACAAUACCAUCUUUGUUUGAUCAGUAUCUACUAUUGUAAUUCCAUGUUAAUUGUGUGUGUUUCCUGGAAAAGUGACUUUGGGAUAAAGUUUGUAUGACUUUGGAGGGAUGAAUAAUUUGUCUAGGCAAUGAUUUUUAUUUUAAUA